AUGGUCCAUCAUUCCGAGUCCGAAAUCCCCGCCCCUGUUGUUGCGCAUAUCGAGCAGCCUUUCUCCCCUGGUCUCCCACAUCUAAACCCCUCCGAUAUGACCUUACCUCAAACAGAGAAGGCUUUUAAUAUAAAGCAGGCGGAUGGCUAUCAGAGUUGGCAGUUUCCUUCAAUAAAUGUUCCUCUUCCGGCUGAAUUUGAUCUCUGGCUUAAAAAAUAUGAUGAGUUGACCGAGCUUUCUGUCUUCACGGGAGCAAAGUCCCGGGUUCGGGUAGACGCUUUGAUAGUGGCGGUAUACCGCAGCCUAUCAGACCAAGGACUACUCCAAACCCCUACCGGCACUCGAGUGACUUUGGCUCUAGAGAGUCCUUUGGAGUGGGGGCCUGUCCUCCACCAAAAUGUCCCACAUACGUGUAUUGGGACGGCAGAUUACAGUCUCCUUUUUGGAGAGAAGGACCACAUGGCCUGCCAUUUAGUUAUUAUCGAAGCUAAGAGACGCGGCAGUUUCCCAGAUCAGGGCCAAAUCCUCGCCUAUAUGGCGAUGGUACAAGCCAAUAGAAGAUCAAGGGGCCAGACAAAUUGGACGGUUUGGGGGGCCCUGACAGACGGCUGGGUCUUCCAUUUUUACCAGCUAAACAUGGAGGGAGAGUGGUCAGUCCUGCCAUUACAGACCAAGAGAGAAGGCUGGCAAGCUAUUGCCAGCAUGUUUGGGUCCAUCGUCCUACAUGCACAACAGGCAUGCAACUCCCCCCUUCGACUUAAAAUCGGUUCCCUUCAGAUGGCACCAAUGGAGGAGUUCAUGAGCGAGUUCGAGGAUGCUCUAGACGUUGACGCUUAA